AAGAAAAGAAGAAUAGAAAAAAAGAUUUAAAGUCUGGUUUAUCACAACAAGAAAACAAUGUCUUGAUGACACUUGCUAAAGUUGGACAGACAAGUCAUCUAGCCAAAAGAUUCAAACGCUGUGUUCUGUCAAUAUGCAAGCAUGCAAGCAUAAAGCUGUCGUUUCACAUCAUAGCAGAUACACUUGGAAAACGCACUUGUGAGGAUACAUUCAAUGAAGCUGGCAAAGUGUGUAAGAAUGGUUUGAAUGUGACAUAUUAUGAUGUUGACAAGGUCUCCAAAAAGGUGGAGCCAAUCACAAAAGAAAUUCAGGAUUUGUUCAGUAGCAGCAGUCAUUCAUAUUACAACCAACCCUUAUUCUUUUUAUCCACUGCAAUACAUCAUGUCUUACCCCAAAGCAUGACGCGUGUCAUCUCACUGGAUUCAGACCUGCUUUUCAAGACAGACAUAAAGCAACUGUUUGCAAUUUUUGAGAACUUUAAAGCCACCACUAUUUUUGGGUUAGCAAGGGAGCAGCAGCCAGUCUACAGACAUAUUUUGCACAUGUACCGCGACAGAAAUCCCGGCACCAAAGUUGGUGAACCACCUCCAGAUGGACUCACAGGUUUUAACAGUGGUGUUAUCUUAAUAAACCUACGCAACAUGCGUGAAUCAAGGAUUUAUAACCUUCUUUUACACAACAAUGCGGUAAAGGAGAUUGCAGACAAGUACACCUUUCAGGGACAUCUUGGGGACCAAGAUUUUUACACAUUGCUCAGCUUGGAAUACUCUGCUCUUUUCUACAUUCUCCGCUGUUCAUGGAAUCGCCAGCUUUGUACAUGGUGGAAAGACCAUGGUUAUGCACAAGUUUUUCAUUCUUACUACAACUGUUCUGAGCCUAUUCAUGUUUACCAUGGAAACUGUCAAACAAAAAUGCCCGAUGAGUAAGUAAUUCAGAUCAGAGGAACAUAAGAAUCUGAUUUUCUUGUUAGACGCAAAGAUUACAGUCUGUCCAGGUGAGGACAUUUUUUCUGCGUGGCAUGACUUUUUCGUAUUACAUGAUGUUCACUCACAACGUGUUUAUCUUCAAAAGGAAAGCUUAUCGUGUCGAUUGCAUCUAAAACAACUGGUCCAAAUUUCUCCUGAUCAUAUUUUAUCUUCAGCUGAUAAACAGCAGCCAUGCUGACAGUUCUAUGGCUGACAAAAAGCGCAAUAAGCUUUCCUCCUGAAGAUAAACAUGUUGUGAAUGAACAUAAUAAUCAUAAUAGUACGAAAAAGUCAUGAUGCCACACAGAAAAAAUGUUCUCACGUGGUGCAUUUCAAUGUACUACAUGAUUGGUUUGAAACAAACUCGCAGCAUCGAAAACAUUACUCUGAAGGUGGCAAAAAAAUUGUGGGUGUCGUGGUCUACUGGGAAGAGUAGUAGUUCUAAUUUGAUGAUGAUGAUGAUGGUAACAAUGUUUUCAUAACACCAAGUAUUUAGUCCUAGGUAUCAUUUUUCUCUCUGGUCAUUGAAGAUGUCUGCCCAGCUGUCAAUCAGAUGUAAUAAUCUACCGUAAAUUGAAGCAUGUGGGUGGCUAUGUCAAGAGGGCUGCCCAAGAGUGCAGCACAUGAAGUCUUGCUAAAGUUGAAACCCGACAUCUUAAAUCUUGAGGCCUGGUAGUGACUAAUGAUUGUGCAACUCCCUUUGAAAUAUGCGAACUUGCCCAUGUUAAUAAACAUAUUACCAGUAGUGUCUAACCCAAGCUUUUAGCCAAAAUUGGAAAAGUAGGUGUCCAAAAUGUGCCAAUGGUCUACUCAAAUGCAUAAUUUAUAAAGUGACAUGUGAAAAGAUAAGACAAUUUUCUUUCAAAAGUGGGCAUCCACAGGAUGCCUGAACACCCAUCUGGUAAAAAGCCUGAUCCAUCCCAUACGUUCUUUUGGUUGCUUGUGAAUAUGUGAUGAGCAAAGAGAAUAUCAGCGUAGGAGGCUGCGAAACUAUCAAGCUCAUUCUAAGGAUAUCUCUUCCUCUCUCCCCCAAGCGCAAAAAGAGACAGUGACAAAAGAUUCAUUGGGAAGGAUCUCUCCUGAUGAUUUUGUUUUGUCAGCAAGACACAUGACUUGCCCUGACCAGGGUGUGUCUGUCCCACUAUUGGCUGCAGAAAGAAGAGAUGCCCGAAGAAAGAGGAAACUAUAGGAGCAGGUGGAUUGGUUGUCACUUGCAUAGCAUUUCCAUUUCUCAAUAGAGUGGUUUUCAAUUGAGUGUCGUAAAAACAAAACCAGAGUAAUUACCCUACCCAAUCACAAAGGACACAGACAAUACAGUAAGCAAAUCAAAACUCAAAGUAAUUAAGGUAGCUGACGCAAAGCACGGGAAAAUGCAUUCAAAUGCAUCACAAUUGGUUUUGGUUGUACUUCUGAUUGGAU